AUGGAAUAUCAAGCGAGUUACGAGAUCGUUGUGGGUGUCGAUUACGGGACCACAACCACAAGCGUUGCCUGGGCCCUCUCCACCGUCCCUGAGGGCGCAGAUUUCGAUGUUAUCUCAACGUACCCACCAAGCAAACGAUCGAAGCAGGCACCAUCUCGGCUUUCUUUACCGGAAGAUAAUCUUCAACAAAACCAGAGAGAUACAAAAUGGGGGUAUGAAGUGGGCCCAGACUAG